UACCAGUAAGAGAAAAAAUGAAAGAAGUAUUGAAAAAGAAUUAUCGAAUUAUUGAGGAAAAAUAAAUGACUAGUGUUUUUACAAUAAAGAAAAGUUGUAGGAGGAAAAACGAAUUACUAGUGCGUUCACAACUGAAAAAGAGGCCUGGAACAAUGAGAAUAGAAUUUUGGCUUUUUCUAUCUUCUAUCUGAUUCUUUGCUUUGAACCGUCGUAUUUCUUGAAAUCAGAUCCGAGCCAUGAGCAGUAGCUGGUGAUGUCUACGGACCGAGACGAUGACGGGGGUUACGCCUCUCCCAUUGAGGAGGGGGAUACAUCCCAGGUGUCCGAAUUCUUCAAGGACAGGUGCGUCUUCAUCACGGGAGUCAGUGGUUUUGUAGGAAAGGUCCUUCUUGAGAAGCUCCUACGCUCGUGCCAGCGGGUCCGUACCGUGUAUGUGUUGAUGCGGCCCAAGGAUGGACAGGAACCACGUCAGAGGCUGGACCAAUUAUUCACAUGCCAGGUUUUCUCCCGGCUGAAGAGGGAGAACCCCCGUAUUCUAACCCGAGUGGUGCCGAUCAGCGGGGACAUCAGCCUGCCGGAGCUCGGUCUCAGUCAAACUGACACCAACAUGCUUGCAAAACAGGUGUCUGUAGUUUUCCAUUCCGCUGCAACAGUUAGAUUCGAUGAGCCGCUCAAGAAAUCCGUGGACCUGAAUAUGUUGGGAACUCGUCGCGUUCUGGAACUCGGCAAGAGGAUGUCGAAAUUAGCGGCAUUCAUUCAUGUGUCCACGGCGUACAGCUAUUGCAACAGGAAGGAGAUUGAUGAAAUUAUUUAUCCUGAAAAUAUUUCGCCGCAGAAAGUCAUCGAUAUAGCAGAGUGGAUGGACGAUUCCAUGCUGGAAAGCAUUCUCCCGAAGUUGAUGGAUGGUCGUCCGACCACCUACCAUUAUAGCAAAGCCCUGGCGGAACAUAUCCUAGUGACAGAGGGCCCCGGCCUACCUUUGGCCAUCGUCAGACCAUCCAUUGUCACGGCCGCCUUCAAGGAACCUAUGCCGGGCUGGGUGGAUGGUGUGAACGGACCUUCGACUUUCAUCAUUAUGACUGGUAAGGGCCUUCUCCGCACCAUGCUAGUGUACAAGGGUUCAGUAGUGGACUGGAUGCCUGUCGAUAUGGUCGCCAACCUGCUCCUCACGGCAGCCUGGCACAUAGGAACACACAGGCCCGACGGUGUGAAGGUAUAUAAUUGCACCUCAGGUGACCUAAACAAAGUGACAUGGCUGGAUAUACACAGAACGGCCACACCUAUCGUGAAUAGGUUCCCCAGCCUCCACGUGAUCCGGUACCCCGGAGGUUCCUUCAAGUCCCACCCACUGCACAACAAGAUUGCCAUCAAGCUCUUCCACACGAUACCUGCCUAUGUGGUAGAUACUCUGUCCUGGAUCUUCGGUCACAAAACGGAUUUCGUGAGCCUGGUGAAGAGAAUGGAACGAGCCUCUGGCUUUCUAGAAUAUUUCACCACUUGCGAAUGGAAAUUCAAAUGCAACAACCUCAUUGAGCUCAGGGAUAUGCAGAACAGCGUCGAUAGGAAGGUGUUCGAUUUCGACAUCCGACAAGUGGCGUGGACCCCUUACUUAGAAAGCUAUGUGAAAGGAGUGCGCAAAUUCUUGCUACAAGAGGACGAUUCCACUCUGCCGGCGGCGCGUCGACGCCUGGCGAGAUUGUACUACACAGAGCUGUUGGCCAAAACUGCAGUGUUCCUGGGCAUCGUCCACGUACUGCUGACCAAGACCAGCCUCUCACAGCACCUACUCUGGUUUUUCAUCAACCUGAUCUUCCACAUCAUGCAACGGAUGCCGAAGAGCUGGCUCAAAUACCUCACGUCUCACUGAGCAUGCGUGAAAGCACCUGAACUAAUGAAUCGAUUAUAAGAAAAAGGGAUUAUCGAACAACAGCCAUAUGAUGGCUAAAAAAGAACUUUUUUUUUUUAUUUCCUGAGAACACAGGUCCCAGUCACGUAGAAUUUAUUUUACGUAUGAAAUAUUUAUAGUAUUUCCAAUACUUUAAUAUUUUCGAAUCCACACAUUGAAAAAUUUAUUAAUUUGAAUUAAGUGAAAUCGAUUUUUCUUUUAUUAUUGCAGCUCAAAUAUGUCAAAAUAAUUUUAUAAAUUGAAGCACAGCACUGUAAAUAAAUAACUAUUCGAGAUCUGAGGAUCUGAUUCAAUUCAUUUCUAGGAUAAAUAAAAUAGUGAUAAAUAAAAAGGGGGGAAAUAUAAAAAUUACGCAAAAAACAACUGGUGACUGAAGAAAUAAUAAUUAAAAGUGUAUCAGAAUUAAAAAUUAGUUUUAAACCUUUCUUUCUUAAUAAGAAAAGGAAAUACUUCUGAUUUCUGCUAGCUGAGGAUCUGGAACACGAGUAUAUUUAAGUAUAUGAGUAUAUUAAGUAACUCAUAUUUGCAAAUGAGAAUCCACGUUUGCCAAACAAUACUGACGCUCUCCUUAAGUGUUUUCGAUCGAUUUGUUAAAUUAACGUUCAGUUGCCUUUAAAAAAAAAUUUAACGGGAAUAUUUGAAACUGAUUACAAUAUUUUGAACAACGGUUGAAUGACGAAGCCGACACUUGGGGCGGUAACUUACUCUUUGAUAAACCACCUAUGUGAGGAAAUUUGUUCACGAUAUCUGAUUUAAUAUGUGCAUCAAAUUGACAUACACAGCAGAAUUUUGGCUAGUUGUUAAAAUCGAAAUACAACUUGGUGUAAAUUAAUAAUACAAUAAUUUCAUAAAACUAUAAGACUUGCAUGAAAUAUAUAAAAAUUAUUUAUUGCGUGAAUGCGAAGAGUAAAAUACCAAAUAUGGAAACAAUAAAUCCUAACUUGUUCUUUUACUAUUUUGUAAACAUGUUUCCGAAUUCGAAAUCAUGAAAGCCGUAGAUAUGCAAAUAACACUGAAAUAUGAUGUUCUCUCCCUUGUAAAGAAAAAAAGAAAUCAUGUAAGAAGGGGACAGAAAAAAAAAGAGAAAGCAUUCUAGCUAUAUUUUAUUUAUAUUAUAAUAGUAUCCAUAUAUGCAUAUCAACUCGUUUUAAAAAUUGUUUCAUUUUGAUAAAUGUUCAAUUUAAUUCUAAAAUAUUUAUCUUGGAUAAAAAUAAAAUAUAAAUAAUUUAA